AUGUCUACAGCAAAUGCUGCGCUCGCCACACAGCCACCCUCAGUGCUGGGACCUCAGGCCCACGAAGCUGGUGUCGAAUUCCCAACGGAGGCAGGGGUGUUGGACUGCACCCUGCUUGUUGGCAAUCUCAACCCCAGUGUCACAGUGGAUCAGAUACGACAGCUCUUUGCCUUUUGCGGCUCAAUCACAAACGUGUCUCUGGUGGGCAACAAGAACCAGUUUGCGCUUGUUGAGUACGCCACUCCUGGGGAAGCGGCGGCAGCGUCUGCCAUGAACGGCAUGCAGGUAAUGGACAGGGCCAUUGCUGUGGAGCAGGCGGCCAUUGCAGCCAAGACCAAGGAGAAGGGCACAGCCAACCCCUACGCAGCCAUCAAGGCAGCCCAUCUGCAGCAGGUCAUGAUUGCGCAGAUGCAGCAGGCCCAGCUGGCAGCGCAGGUGGCUGCCAUGCGUGUGCAGGCCAAGACCAACCCUGGCGGUGUGGCUGCGCCAGGCGCUCCUCAGAAUUCAGCGUCUCAGAAGGCUGCAGCCCUGUCUGCCAUUGCCGCCCUGUCAAAGCGGCUGGCAGGCAGCGGAGCCCCCUCAUCCUUCCCUGCCAAGGUCCCUGAGCGGAGUGUCAGCCCCUCCAAGGCAAAGCGCCGGCGGGAUGUGUCGCCCACCAUCCGGAAGCGGCCCUCCCCUGUGCGCAGGCGGCCGUCGCCGUCACCGCCGCGCCACCGCCGCGACGCGAGCCGGGAGCGCCGAGACAGGGACCGGGAUAGGGACCGCAGCCGGUCCAACCUUGAGCGCCGCGAUCGUGGCAGGGACGAUGACAGAAAGCGGGACCGGAGGGAUGUCGACAGAGACGACAGGGGCAGGCGAGACAAGGACAGGGAGAGGGAUGGCAGGGAGAGGCGGGAAAGGGACGGAUCUGACAGGGAUCGCGAGCGGAGGGAUCCCCGGGAUGAUUCCGGCAGGAGGGGGAAUUCGCGCAGGGGCGACAGGAGCGAGCGAGACGGCGACAGGCGCAGGGACCAGGAAGACAGGGACGGCCGCAGGGCUGACUCGUCCAAGAGGGGCCACAGCACCGAGCAGAGGCUGGCGGACGAGCCCGCAAAGCAGAACGGCGCUGCAGCGGCUGCGGCAAUGGAUGGCGAUGAAGACAGCAGGGAGAAGCAGAAGCGCGCAGAGGAGGCUCGCAGGCUGCGCGAGCGCGCGCUGGAGGCGCUGAAUGCAGCGUCCACUCCCCAGAAGCCUGCGCCGGCCACGGCGCCGGUGCAUGCGCCGCCGGCAGCUGCAGCAGAGGCCGAUGCCAAGAACGUUGCCCCCGCAGCAGUCAGUGAGCAGAAUGGGGUGGAAGAGCGCAGGGAGCGGAAGCGGAGCAGGUCUCCCUCUCCUGUGGCAGAGGACGACAGGGUGGAGCGGCGCAAGGAGAAGCACCAGAAGAAGCACAAGAAGCACAAGCGGCAGCACCGCCAUAGGGACAGGGAUGAGGACGAGCAGGCAGGUGCAGCCGAGCGACGCUCUGACAGCGAGUGA